AAAAAAGCAAUUGAAAAUUUACAAUUAUAAAAUCUGGGAAAACCUAAUUUGAAACCUUUGAAACAGACAGACGAAUUUGACAUCAUGCCUCUGACAUUCCCGGCCGUUUUGGUCUUUAUACUGUGCAGUAUGUUAAAUUCUUCACAUUGCAGGUGAGUAAUUUUCAGCGUACACUUUACACAAUUCAUAGGGAAUUGACUGAAGAUUCGGGCAAUUACAUUAUUAAUUGGAUUUCAGUAGAAAUAAAAACAGGAGACAUAUUUCUUCAAACUUAAACAGAUCGCACCUUUUCAUAUUUGAUGGGGCACAACUCUUAAUUGACAAAAUGGGUGAUCCAUUUUCAGUUCAGAUUAGUGCUGGUCUCGUUCAGAGGCUUGUUGGUGAGGAGGAUCGGAGACUCAGAAGAAAAACUAAACCAAAGGUCCCAAGAUCAGAUCCAAAGAAGAAUGACAGUCCUUUGGUUGAGGCAAAACAUCCCAAAGAGACUGAUAUUCCACAGGUUGAGGCAAAAGCUUCCAGAGAGACAGAAGGAUGGCAACCCAUAUUGCCUCUGCUUCCUGGAGCAGUCUUUCCACCUCUCGACACGGAGUUGAACCCAAUUCGGAAAGUUCUUCAUGAGAGUGAGAGAGUUAUGGAAAAAUUACAGAAAGAAGAGGCCAGAAUGGCAGAAGAAGUUAAGCGUAAAGCAAAAGAACUUCACGAGAAAGAGUACAGAAUGCCAGAACAGAAAUCUGUGCCUUGCUCAGUUUUGAAAGAUGAAUGUGUACAGUGUUACAAGUCUCACCCCGGUGAUCCACUUCAGUGUGCUGAAGCCGUAAAAGCUUUUGCAGAAUGUGCGAGGCAAGUUCAUCUGCGGUUUGCUGCUUCUGGAUGACGUUGGAAAUAAUGUACUGGAACAAUGUUUAACAUUCCUUUUGAAAACCGAUUCAAAAAUUUCUGUGAAAUGCAUGGUUGAUUGAUGAACCUUUUUUCUCAGCAUCAGCAUGUAUGUUGAUUGAUUGGGACAAACAUGAAUUGAGUUAUGAACUAAGAAAAUAACUGAUCUUUUAAGUGGCAGUUGAGUGAAUCUAUGCUUCCUUUGGGGCAAAAUGAAUUGAAAUACCAUCUGGGAUAUUAUGUAUUUUUGCCUUGAGUUGGAGUGGACGUUGCUAGCCUUUUAAUCUUCCUCGUCAAUUCAAGGAUUUGUUUCUGUGCUUUUGUCUGGUUUUAAUGGAUUUUUCAUAUUAUUUUCAUGCAAAUAGUAGAAACUCAAUACAACUGCCUUUCAGCUGAAGCUGCUUGUAAUACAGUUAAUCUGAAUGUGAAUUCACAGUCAGAAAACUUCCAGUAAUAAAUAUAAAUUCACUUCCGUGUUAA